AUGUCGUUCUCCGAGCUAGUUGUAGCCCAGCAAGAGCAAGUGGCUGCAUCAAGACGCGAGGUUUCCGUUAACGCCUAUACACUCACCGUUCCGCACGUCGUGGCCGUCUCUCGCUAUCUGGCUCAAGUUAACAUCACCAAGGAAGCUAUCUUAGCUAUUGAUGAGUGCAGCGAAAUUGUCAAGCAGAAGCUUGCCCAAGGCGAGGUCAUCUAUGGAGUCAACACCGGAUUCGGCGGCAGCGCGGAUCAGAGGACAGGUGCCGUCAAUGACCUCCAGCAGCGCCUAUUCACACUCCUGAUGGCUGGCAUAACCAGUUCAGAAGGAGGUCCCGAUCACGUCGGACCUCUCUUGCUAGACCAACCCGGAGGAACAUGCAUGCCUGAAUCAUGGGUCCGCGCCUCCAUGUUGGUCCGCUUGAAUUCUCUGGCAGCGGGAGCAUCUGGAGUUCGCCUCCAGAUCACGGACAGGCUAUGUGCCAUGCUGAACAAAGACAUCGUACCUUUGGUACCCCUACGCGGAAGUAUUUCUGCUUCUGGGGACCUAAGUCCACUCUCAUACAUUGGCGGCGUAUUGCAAGGCAAGAAAUACGUAUCGGCUUUCAUCGGCCCUCGUGGUCACGCAGGACAACGCAGAUUGCUGAGAGCUGAUGACGCGAUUGCGGAGGCCAACCUUGAGCCACUGGGCAUUGAGGCAAAAGAAGGUCUUGCCAUAGUCAACGGGACGGCAGUUUCCGCAGCUGUUGCGGCGCUGGCUGUUUAUGAGUGUACAAACCUGGCGAUGCUGUCUGAGAUCCUUACAGCUAUGAGUGUCGAGGCUCUCUGUGGGACGGACGAGAGCUUUGAUCCGUUUAUCGCCAAGAUACGUCCUCACCCGGGACAGAUUGAUAGCGCACAGACUAUCUACAAUUUCCUCUCCGGCUCUCAGAUGGUGAACAGUGAUGAGUAUCUUACUACUGGUACACUUCGCCAGGACAGAUACUCUGUUCGCACUGCGAGCCAGUGGAUUGGUCCCAUCUUGGAAGACAUCAUGCUUGCCUAUAAACAAAUCUCAACAGAGCUCAACUCGGUGACAGAUAAUCCCCUUAUCGAUAGUCAAUCUGGGUCGAUUUUCCACGGAGGGAAUUUCCAGGCCAAGGUAGUCACCAGUGCAGUCGAAAAGUUACGUUCUGGCCUACAGUCUUUAGGCCGCAUGCUUUUCUCCCAGUGCACCGAGCUCAUCAAUCCGGCUACGAAUCGUGGACUCCCAGCGAAUCUCGUCGCAGAUGACCCGUCCUGCAGCUUCGUCUUUAAGGGGACAGACAUCAUGGUCGCCGCCCUUACUAGUGAGCUGGGCUUCCUGGCUAAUCCCGUAGGCUCGCAUGUACAGACAGCAGAAAUGGGCAACCAGGGCAUCAACUCCCUGGCAUUGAUCUCAGCUAGAUAUACGUUGAAAGCCGUGGAGGUGUUCUCGCAGCUUGCUGCAGCUCAUCUCGUGGCUCUAUGCCAAGCAUUCGACUUGCGUGUGAGAUCUCUAGGAGGUACAGACGAAAUUCCAAACGCCGGCCCCGCCUUAGGUCUAGCUGCAAGCAAGAUGUACCAAUUCAUCAGGGGCGAGCUGAAAGUUCCAUUCAUUACAGAGGCUGGAAUAGGUGGAGUGACAGAAGAUACGUAUACCGAAGUUGCACCGAGUGUUGGGAAGUAUAAUACGAUUGUCUACAAUGCAAUCCGCUCUGGGCAACUUUACGAAGUGGUGAAAGACUGCGUCAAGGAGGCCCAUAGACAACCUGGACAGGAUGCCCCACUCACGAUUCGCAGCUCUUUAAACGGCAAAAUUCUUGUCCUUGAUAAGCACCUCGGUGCGGCCACCGCGCUUGCACCGCAAGUCGUACAGCGUCUCGGCGGCGCCUCCCUGAAUCUUCAGCUUGGCUUCGUAAUUCACGUCCUGCUCCGGCUCACCCGCCCACUUGACCUCAAAGCUGCCAUUUGCGAGCUGAUGGGACUUGAUCAGCUUGUCGAUCUCAUGCUAACGGUCAGCAUCGUUGUCGUCAUCAGCGUCAUGCUCCAGUGCUGA